AUUCUGUCAAAUUAAAACAGAAAAUUAUCAAUUAACUUUAAAGAGUUGUCAAUGCACAGAGAGCUCGAAAAUAAUUGCCCCACAUUGUUGCAAAGUUGCAUCGAUCGAGUGGCACGUUACAUUGAGAGCUAUCCAAAGGAUGACAUUGAAACUUUACCUGCCUUCAUCAAAGACGAUCUCCUGUCAGCAAUCACACGCUCAAACUGUAUCAACGUAAUAGAUUUAAACUACCUUCCAUUAUUGUUUCACAAGAGGACACUAAUUGUAAACUUGAAGAGACUCCACAAAGAAAAUGUACCUAAAAUCACCGACCCCAUAAUCAUGCAAAUAGCAAACUGUUCCGAGUUAAGGGAGCUGCACUUUCCACCCGGCGUGAAGUGCAGCCGUAAAGUGUUGUUGACGUUGUUCGGAUGCGUCCCCAAGCUGGAGAAACUAUGUAUGACAUGUUGCUCCGCCGUAAAUGAGGAAGUCGAAGAACAAUUAUACAUGAAUUGUCCGAAAUUAACAUACUUCAACAAGGACCCCAGCGUUUUUGAUCUCCUCUAAUUGGUCAAUUGAAAAUGUUUAAUAAAAUAUGCAAAAAAUUUUUAACGAUUUUUAAAAAUCAAACGAAAUUAUAGUAAUUUAUAUUUAUAAUUAUAUAUUGUACAUAUA